UCUGAGCACUUCGCGCGAGAACCGAUCGCUGCAACCUUGUUUCUCAGCAUGGCUGGAUCGUCUUUGAACAAUUUCAGACAGUUAAUGCGAGGUUUGACAGGAGGGAAGGGCUUCGAUCGAAUUUUGAGCAAGGUAGAAAUCUGAAGGAAAUGAAAGCAGUACUCAAAGUUUUUCUCUCCAGGCCUGAUUAGCUGCUGGCUGGACCUCUCCCAAGCAGCCAAAUCAGGUAAUGCUUGUCCUGAAGGUGAUCCUUCAAUCUCAUGAUGGCUGUUGUUACAACUAGCCCUGGAAAAAUUGUCUGCGAAAUGAAAGUGGAGGAGGAACAUGUGAAUCGGGCGGGCAACCUACAUGGUGGAGUGACAGCAACACUAGUGGAUGUGGUAUCAACUACAGCCUUGCUUAGCACUGAACGGGCGUUACCAGGAGUUAGUGUGGACAUGAAUAUAACGUAUAUGAAUGCAGCAAAACUGGGAGAGGAUAUUAUCAUUACUGCUGAGGUGCUGAAGGAAGGCAAAUCUCUUGCAUUUACAACUGUGGACGUGACAAACAAAGUAACAGGGAAACUCUUGGCUCAGGGACGGCACACAAAGUAUCUUCACACUUAAAAGAAAUUAAACCACUUUUGUACAAUUACUUUGUUUGAGGAAAAGUUAACAAAUAAAAGAUUUUAAUUUCAAA